AUGAAUCUUGACUCAGCUUGUGGGGGUAUUUGCAUGGUGAGGCCGUAUGGUGAAAUGCAGCUCUUGCUAAACAACUUCACUGCUAAUGAUCAUAAUUGGAAAGGAGAUGCAGAAUCACGAAGAGCACUUAAACAGAAAGUAGUAGGCGCUCUUCCCAAUGAUACAGAUAAAAACCCUCAAGUUAAUGCAGUUACACUUAGAAAUGGGAGGGAAUUAGAAGAAGUGCUAAAGAAGAGAAACGAUAAGCCUAUACCUGAGGGAGAGUUGAUUCCUAUGGCAACACAUGAGUCAAAGAAAUAUGAUGCAAGUUCAGAGCUAGUGAAUGCUGCAAGGCCACCACCACCUUUCCCCCAAAGAUUGCAGAAGAAGAAUGAUGAUCUUCCAAAGUAUGCUAAGUACAUCAUAGAUAUAGUGGCUCACAAGAGGAGAUUGACUAAAUUUGAGACAGUCACACGUACUGAGGAGUGCACUUCAAAGGUCAAAAACAAGCUCCCUCAAAAGCUUAAGGAUCCUGACAACUUCACCAUCCCUGUACGGAUUGGUAAUAUCGAUGUGAGUCAUACUCUUUGUGAUUUGGGGGAGAGCAUAAAUCUGAUGCCCUUGUCCUUGUUCAAGCAAUUGGAUCUGGGAGCUCCAAGGCCAACCACUGUGAGUGUGAAACUAGCUGAUAGAUCCAUAGCCUACCCUGAAGGACUGAUUGAAGAUGUGUUGCUCCAAAUUUGA